CUGCCCCGCAAGCGCACAAACGGCUGUUGGGCAGCUGAUCCGCUGGGGUUGCGGAGGCCGGCUUGCUCAGAGCCACAACUCUUGACUCCGGGCUCCGGGUCCUCAGAUACUUGUAAAGGAAAAGUAUUAGCUACAUUGGAGGAACCUGGUAGACAUCACCUUAACCGAGUGAUUAAAAUUUACAUCACCAGUGAACCUUCAUAUGUAAAGUACAAAGAAAUGAAAAGAAAAGUAGUGAAUGCUGGCAAGCUGAGAUUGAGUCCUAAUGAGGAAGCCUUAAUUUUGAAGGAAGAUUAUGAAAGAAGACGAAAACUAAGAUUGCUACAGGUUCGAGAACAAGAAAGAGACAUCGCCUCACAGAUAAGACAAGAUAUAAAACAGAGGAGAAAUCAGCAAUUUACUCGUUUGGCAGAGGAGCUAAGGGCGGAAUGGGAAGAAUCACAAACUCAGAAAAUCCAGAACUUGGAAAAACUAUAUUUGGCAAGUUUAAGAAAUAUGGGAGAAGGACAUCAACAGGCCAAAGAAAAUGAACCUGAUUUGGAUGCACUGGCAUGGCGGGCAGCAGAAAGGAAAAGAAAAGCAGAUAUGAGGCAUAAAGAGGCCCUGAAAGUACAGAAACAUCAAAAAGAAAUAUUAAUGAAAGAAAAAACUUGGCAUAUAAAAGCUCGAAAGGAAGCACUGCUUGUGGAAAAAGAGAGAUCUGCCAAAAUUACAAGUCUGCCCCCUCCUCCUCCAGCUCUUUUUGAGAACAUUGAAGUAAAGAGAAUUUCUGCAGUGAAAACCAAUAGUUCUACCUACCAUCAUCUUUACACUUUUGUGAAUAAAGAGAUGGACACAAAGCAGCCAGAUGCUCAUUUGGCUGCUGAAGAAGAAGCAAAACGACUGCAAGAACUACAAAAACAGGCGGCACAAGAGAGAAUGGAGCAGUCUGAAAAGGCACAUGUACGGGGUUUCCAAGCAAUGAAAAAGAUCCAUUUGGCCCAAAAUCAAGAGAAAGUAAUGAAGGAACUCAAACAGCUACAACAAGAGGACCUGGCACGUAGGAGGCAGACUGUAGCACAGAUGCCACCACAAGUAGUUGAACUUCCAUACAGACGCAGUGAAAUGAAAGAAGACUGGCAGAGAGAGUUGGAAUUUGCCUUUGAAGAUAUGUACAAUGCAGACAGGAAGGUGAAAGGAAACCUGAUUUUGCACCUUGAACCAGAGCCUUUGCCCACUGUGACUGAUCCGAUCCAAGAUGAAGAGCUAAACCUUUCAGUGGAACAAGAAAAUUUAGAUGAAGCUGAAAACCUUCCAGUGACGGAAGCUGAAAUAAUAUGUUCUAGUGAAACAGAUGUUCCCUUGGCAAUGAAGACCCAACAGAUCCCUUCAAAAAUUCUUUUCAAAAAAUUACUAAAUAAGAUCCGAAGCCAAAAAUCUCUCUGGACAAUUAAAUCCAUGUCUGAGGAUGAAAAUGAAAUGGUUAUGGCUGCUAGUGAAAUUGAGAGUAAAGCACCAACAGUUGAGUCAGGAACAAUUGACAGCGAAGAGAGAACAUUAUCCACUGGACAGGAACAAGUUGUUGAAAGUGAUGCUCUGACAAUUGAGUCUGGACCUCUUACUAGUGAAGAUAAAGCACUUUCAUGCGGUACAAACUCUGGAAAGAAACAAGAAAUAAAUGAGACUCCACCUAUCACAGCUGUUGCUCAGAGUGCGGUUCUACUUCAUCCUCAAGAAGAAGCAGCCAUAAUUAGAAUGUCAGCAAGGCAGAAACAGAUAAUGGAAAUAGAAGAGCAGAAGCAAAAGCAGUUGGAAUUACUUGAACAAAUUGAACAACAGAAAUUAAGAUUAGAAACUGACUGCUUCAGGGCUCAGCUGGAAGAAGGAAAAAGGAAAAAAACUCAACAGACUGGGGUUGGCGCUGCUCCAGCAUCACGCACUGUAAUUUGUGAUGAAGAUAGUCAUAGGCAGAUGAUUCGUAACUAUCAACAUCAGCUUUUACAACAAAACAGGUUACACAGGCAGUCUAUUGAAACAGCCAGGAAGCGAUUACUUGAAUAUCAAACAAUAUUAAGAGAAAGGUACCCAUCCAUGCCAGCUCCAUCAUUGAUAGCUGAUUCUACUGCAUCAGUACCACCACAGAAAUCGGAAACACUCACUGCUGUAUCAGAGCAUUGUGAUCAAGGUCAGAGACCCAAACUGAGUUCUAACAAAUAUCAACCCAUACAACUAACACAGAUCUCCAAAUUAGAGCAAGAUCAUUUUCAAGUACCAAGACAAAAUCACAUUCUACAAAGACCAGUGGAAACAACAGAAACAUUUAGCACUUCAGGUGUUGUAGCUAAGCAACCUUUAGAAUCACAAGAACAUCUGGGGCAAUUCUCACAGACUGAAACACAGCAGAGAGACUAUAAAUUGGUCCCUAAAGAUUCUCAUACACUUUCAAGGGCUUUGUCAGAUGACAGGCCACCAAUAUCACAGGAUGCUACAAAAAUAUCUGAAACAUUAAGGGCAACAGCUUUUCAAACUUUACAUUCCCAGCAAGUAUUCUCAGGGAAUAGUGAAAGUAUAUCUUCUAAGCUAACUGAACCAUCUUCAUUCCUACCACUGGUACCUCAGCAUUCUUUUAGUUCUCUGCCUGGUAAAGUUGAAUCUGGAAAAAUCCAGGAACCCUUUUCAACCACAAGCAAAAGUGCAGUUUCCAUAAGCCAUUCUGUGGUCAGCCAAAUGCACGAGAGGCCUUUGCCAUCCUCAGAGAAUAUCACAGCCCAACAAGGUAAUUUGAAGGCUCUGCAAAAACAGUUAGACCUACAGAAGGAAGUUCUUCAGGAAAGACGGGAAGCGCAGGAACAAUUGCUUUUCAGCAAACAGAAAGAAUUAGAACAGCAAAUUGGCCUCUCUAUAUUCCUUCCAUUGGUAGCUCCAGAUUCCUCUACUUUAGGGCCUUCUGCCAAAGCUGAACUGGGAAGAAUCCAGGGAUCUUAUCCAACCGAGACUGAUACUGUAGUUUCAUCAGACCAUCCUGUAGUCCCACAAAUUCAGGAUAGGCUUUUGAGUUUUUCACAGCCUAUCUUAUCGCAGCAAAAUAAUUUAAAAUUUCUCCAAGAGCAGUUGGAUAUUCAGAGGGAUAGCCUGCAGGCGAGGCGGGAAGCCCAGGAAGUAUUAUGUGUACAUAAACAGAGUGAAUUGGAUGAAAGAGAAUGUUGGGAACAGGCUGAGCCCUCUUCUCUCCCAUUUGAGGUUGUUCAGCGUACAUUUACUUCAUUACCUCCUGCUGAUACAAAAUAUGGAAAAAUCCAGGAGCAGUAUCCAUCUAAGAGUGAGAAAGGACUUCUCUUAAGACAAUCUGAAAUCUCAAAAUCUCAGGAUAGGUCUUCAGGUUUCCUACAGCAGUUCCUACCUCGACAUGAUAGUUUGAAGUUGCUCCAAGAACAGCUGACUACACAGAGGGAUACUCUUCAGGCUAGGCCUGGAGCUCAGCCUGAAUUACUUUUACAUAGACAAAGGGAUUUGGGGGACAAUAAGUCUGGCCAGAUGAAUUCUUUCUCACCAAUGGUUGUUCAACAUUCAGUUGCUUCACAAGCUUUUGCUAAGGCUGAGCCGAGUAGAAUUCAGAAACAUUACUUUUUGGAGAAGGAGAAUAUAAUUCCCUCUAGUCAUUUGAUAACCUCAACAUUUCAGGAUAAGUCUUUUAUUUUCCCACACCAUAUUGUGCCACAGCAAGAAAAUUUGACAACAUUCCAAGAACAGUCACACAUACAGAGGAUGAUAGUUGGUGCUCAAGAAGAAAUUCAGGGAUUUGUAUACAAACAAAGUGAAUCGGAAAAAAUAAUUUCUUCUGAACAGACUGGAACCUCUUCAUCCCUAUCCCAGGUAGCUGAAUCUGAGAGAUUCCAGGAAUGUAUGUCAAUGGAGUAUGACAGUACAGUUCCCUUAAGCCAUUCGAAGAUCCCAAGAUUUCAGGAAAGACUUUUGAGAUUCUCACAACACAGACUGCCUCUACAAGGUAAUUUGGAGGAACACCAAGCAUGGCUAGACCCUGACAAAGAAGCCCUUCAUUUCAGCCGGAAAACCCAAGAAAAUACAUCUUCUGAACAAAUUGUCUCAUCUUCAUUCAUACCUCAGUUAGUGCAGCAUUCUUUUACUUCAUUACAUUCAGCUGAGUCUGGUACAACCCAGGAAGCCCUUUCAACGGAGAAUGAUAGUAAAAUUUCUUCAAGACAUUUUCAGAUCCCACAAUUGCAGGAUAGGCUUUUGAGAAUAUCACAGCUUAUCCAACCUCAACAAGAUAAUUUAAAGGCACUUCAAGAACGGUUAGCUACACAGAGGGAAGCCAUCGUUCAGGCUAGACAGGAAGCUCAGGAAGAACUGCUUUUACAGAAACAGAGUGAGUGGAGGGGAAGAGUAUCUCCUCAGCCGGUUGGUACCUCUUCCUUACCCCUGGUGGUGCAGCCUUCACUUGCUUCCUUACCUCUUACUGAAUCUGAAAACAUGCAAGAACCUUGUCCAACAAACAGUGAUAAUACAGUCUCUUCGAGUCUUUCUGAGAUACCAAGAUUGCCUGAUAGGCUAUUGGGUUUAUCACCUCCUAUUUUACCUCAACAAGAUAAUUUGAUUGCAUCUGAAGAACACUUGCAUGCACAAACAAAUUCCCUUCCUUCUAUUGAGAAAACCCAGAAAGAAUUGGUUUUGCUAAAACCAUGUAAUUUUGAGGAAAAGGUCUCUUCUGAGCAUUUUAUCCAACCUUGCCAUGGUGAUUUGCAGGCACUUCAGCAACAGUUAGAUAUACAAAGAAAAGCCAUUCGAUCUAGACAAGAAGUCCAAGAAGAAAUGCUUUCGGAAAGGUUAAGUAAAUUGGAGAAAAGGGUAUCAUCUGAGCAGACUGGCUCCCCUUCAUUUUUGUCCCAGGUAGCAGUGCCUAUUGCUGACUCGGAAGGAACCCAGAAGUCUUUCCCAACCAAACGUAACAAUACUAUUCCCUCAACUCAUCCUGAGAUCCCAAGAUCACAAGAUAGGCUUUUGAGUUUAUCACAGCCUAUUCUGCCUGAGCAAGAUAAUUUGACAGGGCAAUUGGACUUAGAAAGGGAAGUGGUAUAUUCUUCUGAGAAACCCCAGGACGAACUGCUUUUAAACAAACAAAGUAAAUUGAACAAAAGUGAAUAUGCUGAGCAUGCUGUCCCCUCUUUGUUUCUACCCAAGGAAAUAGAGCAUUCAUUUAUUCCGCUACCAUUUGCUGAAGCUAAAUCUAAAAGCAUUUGUGAAUUGUAUUCAUCCCAGAAUGAGCGUGCAGCUCCCUCAGCUGAUUCUGUCAUCCCGAGAAUUCAAGAUAGACUUUUGAGUUUUUCACAGCCUAUCUUAGCUCAGCAAGAUAACUUGGGACUUCAGAAGCAGUUGGAGCUACAAAAAGAAGUUCUGCAUUAUAGCCAGAAAGCCCAAGAAGAAUUGCUUGUUCAGAGACAAACAGCAUUGCAGCAGCAGAUACAGAAACACCAAGAGACUUUGAAAGAUCUCUUUAAAGACAGUCAGCCCACAGUUGAAAGUGAUUUAAAAACCCAGAAGAUGGGACAGCUCAGAGAGUGUCUUCCUCAUAUCCAAGACCUAUCAAGAGAUGAUCGGGAAAACAUUAGUCAUGCAGAUAGGAGCAACUCUGAGGAUAAUGAGCUGGUUUCAGAAGAUAUUAGUGCUAAGCAAAGUGGUGAGCAUCUGGACAAAGAACUGGGUAGAAGAUCCUCAAAGCCACCUGUAGCAAAAGUUAAAUGUGGUUUGGACUUAAACCAACAUGAACUUAGUGCUAUACAAGAAGUAGAAUCACCAGCAAGUGGCAGAACCUCUAUACUCGGUAAAUUAGAUUUUUAUCAAGACAGAGACCCCAUGAGAGUCUCAAUAAGCCGAGAACAAAGUUUCCUUGGGAGCCCACUGGCCCAUGAUCCAUUUGGUUCUCUUCAACCAAAUGCCCAGGAGAAUGUCCGUGGUGAUGACUAUAAUGAACCAGUCAAGGUCAAGAAGUCUAUUUUUGAGAAUCACGCAGUAUUAUGUUUUGCUGUUGAGGAAGAAGAGCAUACAUAUCUGGGUCCAAAUGUAAAGCCAGAUAAUGAGGCUAAAACACAAGAGAUUUCUCAUGACCCAUUAUCUUCAGUAACUGUUUCUACUGGGAGCUUUUUAAGUUAUGAAAACACAGAUUUGAGCUUUACAGAUCCAGGGUCAUUUGCAGAGCACAUGGAUGAUGGGGAACAAGAAUCUACCACCGAUAAAGAAGAGGAAACAAAUAUUUUAAGUUCUAUAGUUCCUUCAACACAAGUUAUUUAUCAACAGCAGAACUCUUCAGACAGUCAUAAAUCUCUUUUGCCUGCAGUGGAAGAAUUUACAUCUGGUCACACACACUCUCAGCAGAUCAUAGACAAGUACAUAAAUGAAGCAAAUUUGAUACCUACAAAAACAGACUUGCGGGUUGACCUUGACUUUCCAGAAUUGGAACACGUUUUUCCAAAUUUGCAUCGUCAGCUAUUUAAACCCUUAGAACCAUAUCUAGAUUUUGAUUUAUCAUCACCAUCCUCUGGGAUUUCUCAAGACAACAGAGACUUUUACCAGAGCUCAGAUUCUUCAUCUGAAAACCACCAUGCUACUGUAUCAUCCAAAAGUACAGUCUCUUUCACAGCAUUGAGGAGGACUAGCAUGCAUUCUUCUCUUAUCACAAGCCUGGAUCAGCAACCUGACACUAACCUGGCUCAUGCUGCAGCUCAGAGUUUUGCUACAGAAAAUAUUAUUGAGGGAUCUGAACAGUCUUUUCAACAGCUUCUGCCAGAAUUUUCUUCACAGGAGGGGAGCCAGCAUGCUGAUUUACCAAGUAUUUUUAGCAUUGAAGCAAGAGAUUCUUUCCAAGGCAUGGAAAACCAGAACUAUUCCUCUGAAGAACAUACUGAAAUAUUACAAAAUAAAAAAAGUGUUCAUUUCCAGCUCUCUGUAGGAAAUGUGCUAAGUUCAGUCACCAGUUCAUCUGAUGAGGCUAAUGUAUUUGAUCAGUUAAAUGUACAACAUAGUACUCCAUGUGGUUCUACUUCUAGUGAGUGCUCAAUAAAACAGCAACUAGAAAGCAGAAAAGAAACACUGGGCUUUGAAGAACUAUCAGAAAGAGGGGUUGUUACAAUGUUACAAAGUCAAGGACUCACUGAAGAUGAUAAAAAUGAAACCUGUGGAGUUUUAGACAUAAAUCCACAUGUAGACAAAAUUGACUCUCAAUUAUGUGUAAGAACAGUGGAGAUGGGAACUUCAAUUCAGACAUCACAUUCAUUAACUAUUCAAAAUGAGAAAUAUUUUGAGAAUUCAACUGAAACUGAAACCCCCAAAAUCACAAAAAAUCUAUCUCAACAAGGACAAUCAGAGCUCUCUGUAAAUUCUGGAUCAUUUUCAUUACAGAACUCUAUUCCAACCUGGGAGACAGAAUCAGGCCAUGGUAUAAUGGAAGAACCAGAACUUACUUUAGUGAGCACCAGUGAUAUCAGCAUUACUGAAACGGAUUUUGCAAAGUUAACACUAGAAGAAAAGAAAGAGAAUGAGGAAGAAAGCUGUUUUCAGGUGAGUGAAUUUCUGCCUUUUGUAUCGGAAACAGAAGCCUCAGAUUGUCCAGCUGUGUCAGAGCUUUCAAUGGAGAAGCCAACAGUGCCUACAGAAACUCUUCCGAAGUUUAUACCUAUACCACCAGGUAGUUUACAAGAAGCAUUUGUAAAGAGAAAAAAAUCAUUUAUGGAAAGAUCCUACCAAAGGCAGAAAGAAAUACGGAAUAAAAUUUGUGUCUCUGAAAAUUCUCAAAUGAAAAUAGUUCUGGAGAAACCAACUAUAGGUUCAUCUGUGAGUCGCCUAAAGGGUGUGAAUAAAAUUAGAGCCUCUCUUCCUGAAGGCAGAAAGACUACACAAGCCCUCAUGCAACAAAGGGCUCUAAGAUUAUACAAUCAACUUGCUACAGUGAAACAGCAAAAUGAAGAGAAAUCAAAGCAAGAAGCUUAUGCCCGAAACAGAGCAAGGGCAAGAGAAUUUCAUAAGAAAACACUAGAGAAACUCCGAGCCAAAAAUACAUGCUGACUUUCUACAAACAGUGUAAAAAGUUUUUUUUAUUAUGGCAUUAAGCAAAAUUAUUUAUUUUUUUAAAAAGUCAAUAAAUUUUUAUUCAAGGAAUUUCACAUGUGAUUCCU